AUGGCGGAGAAGAACAAAACCUUGGACGAACAGCCGGUUGCUGACUUUGUGCUGCAGCGCGAUUUCGGCAAUGCGGCCGAGCGCGCCCGUCGCAAUCUUAAUGCUAAGCUCUCGAAUCCGCUUGCCGGGUAUAGCCACGCCGAGCUGCGGAAGCAGGGUCGUGUUUUUGCGCUCAAUCAUGAGAUAGGCGAAGAGGAGGACGUUCGUGCCUUUGAACUGGGCGCGGUGUUGGCUCAAGCCCCAGAGCGCUUUGCGAGUAUAGAGGGCUUGACGGCUCAUGAAAAAGCAAUACUGCUUCACGAGGUCGAGCACCGAUGGUCCCAACCGAAGAAAAUGUAUUUGGUGAUUGUGUUGUGUUCGCUUUCUGCUGCUGUUCAGGGAAUGGACGAAACCACCAUCAACGGUGCCCAGCUUUGGUAUAAACAUCAAUUUGGAAUCGCAGAUGACAGUGCCCGAAGUACUUGGAUCUUAGGUCUGAUCACCUCAGCGCCCUAUCUCUGCUGUGCUUUCAUCGGUUGCUGGCUCACAGUCCCAUUCAAUCAAUGGUUUGGUCGACGCGGAACCAUCUUCAUUACAUGUGCCUUUAGUGCCCUGUCCGUUUUCUGGUCCGGCUUCGCAUCGGAAUGGUGGAACCUGUUCCUCUCGCGCUUUGCAUUGGGCUUUGGUAUUGGUCCUAAGUCCGCUACUGUCCCCAUCUACGCAGCCGAGACAGUCCCAUCAUCUAUCCGCGGUGCCUUGGUGAUGCAAUGGCAGAUGUGGACUGCGUUCGGUAUCAUGCUGGGAUAUGUAGCGGAUUUGGCAUUCUAUCAGAUUACUGAUCCUCGCACAAUCGUGGGUCUCAACUGGAGAUUCAUGAUGGGAUCUGCUAUCAUUCCAGCUGUCAUCGUUUUGACUUUUGUUUUUUCAUGUCCCGAGUCGCCGCGUUGGUAUAUGAGUCAGAAUCAGUAUUACCGCGCUUACGAGUCGAUGUGCUCGUUGCGGCAUCAUAAAAUCCAGGCGGCGAGAGACAUGUUUUAUAUGCAUACGUUGCUGGAAGCGGAGAAGAGUAUGAAACUUGGACAGAAUUCGAUAAUGGAGCUUGUCAAAGUACCUCGAAAUCGGCGAGCUAUGAUCGCUUCGCAAAUUCUCAUGUUCAUGCAGCAGCUUUGUGGUGUCAAUGUAAUAGCAUACUACUCAUCAGCAAUCUUCAUGGACGCAAACCUCUCCGCCGUUUCAUCCAUGCUCGUCUCCUUCGGCUGGGGCGUAAUAAACUGGCUCUUCUCAAUCCCAGCAAUCUACACAAUCGACACAUUCGGCCGCCGCAAUCUCCUUCUGGUAACAUUCCCCCUAAUGUCACUAGCAAUGUUCUUCACAGGCUUUAGCCUUUGGAUACCAGAAGACCACAGCGCCAGAAUCACAUGCAUAGUACUAGGAACCUACCUCUUCGGUAUGGUCUACUCUCCCGGCGCUGGCCCAGUACCAUUCACCUACUCCGCGGAAGCGUAUCCGCUUUAUGUCCGACCGCACGGGAUGGCAUUGGCAACUGCGACGACGUGGUUCUUUAAUUUCGUUCUGGGAAUUACAUGGCCGGCUAUGCAGAGUGCAUUUACGGCGCAUGGUGCUUUUGCCUUUUAUGCCGGGUGGAAUCUUGUCGGAUGGUGGCUUGUUUUGCUCUUUAUGCCCGAGACGAAGAAUAAGACUCUUGAGGAGUUGGAUCAGGUCUUUUCAGUGUCGACUAAGUUCCACGCGCAGUACGGACUGAGGCAGAUUCCGUAUUUUGUAAAGAGAUUUAUUUUGCGGAAGGAUGUCAAGCCGGAGGUUUUGUAUGAGAGGGAGUACGUGGGUCCAGUGCAUGAGGAUUUGGGAUAUAAUGCUUGA